AUAUGUGGCAGUAAUUAUCACAUGAAGAAGAAAGUCCGUGACGUCAGGAGUAAAAUGGCUGCCUCCGUAGUUGCAACGCUUCUCUUGUAAUUCGGGGUGCUUUCAGACUCGUGCAGAAUUUGAGAAAAAAAAAUCUAAAAGUUUAUAUAAAUACAAAACUCAGUGGAGUGUUUUAAAACCUGGAGACAGAUGAAGACUUUCUGUGGAAGAGCCAACCCGACCACCGGCGCUUUAGACUGGGUGGAAGAGAGUGAAGAGUAUGACUAUCACCAGGAGAUAGCACGGUCCUGUUAUGCUGACAUGCUUCAUGACCAUGACAGGAAUGAGAAAUACUACCAGGGGAUCCGUGCUGCCGUGGCAAGAGUCAAGGCUCGUGGGGAGAAGGCUAUCAUCCUGGACAUUGGGACAGGGACAGGUCUGCUGUCCAUGAUGGCCCUCACUGCUGGUGCUGACUUCUGCUAUGCUGUAGAGGUUUUUAAGCCGAUGGCUGAAGCAGCUCAGUGUAUUGUGGAGAAGAACGGCUUCGCUGACAGGAUCAAAAUUAUCAACAAACACUCCACUGAUGUCACUGUUGGGCCUGAUGGCGACAUGCCAACCAAAGCCAACAUCCUGAUAACAGAGCUGUUUGACACAGAACUAAUCGGUGAAGGAGCCCUGCCCAGCUACGAACACGCUCAUCAAAAUCUGGUCCAGGAGAACUGUGAGGCAGUUCCUCAUCGAGCCACUGUCUACGCUCAGCUGGUGGAGUCGGAGCUGCUGUGGAGCUGGGCUCAGCUGCAGCCGGUGGACGUGGAGGACGUCCACCUGGUCCCUCUACCUGCCGUUGGUCGCUGUGCUGGAGCUCACUCUGUGUGUGACAUCCAGCUGAGCCAAGUGUCGCCUGACAGUUUCACACCACUGGGUCCUCUCUGCACCAUGUUCAGUGUGGACUUCAGCAAACCAGUGAGCAGUGCCUUCCACUCCUUCUCAUCCCAGUUUGUGGCCCGGUCCGGUGGUCGAGCCCAGGUGGUCCUGUCCUGGUGGGACCUGGACAUGGAUCCCAGUGGAAGUAUCGUGUGCACUAUGGCUCCCAGCUGGACAUACCAACAGCCACAGAUGGCGCCGUGGAGGGACCACUGGAUGCAGAGUGUGUAUUUCCUGCCUGAGGAGAAAACGGUGAAAGAAGGAGACGAGCUCAGUCUGACUGUCUGCCAUGACGACUACAGUCUGUGGUACAGUCUGCAGUCUCCCAGCAAACAGACUGAGACCAUUCCCUCCCGGCCGUGUUGUACCUGCCAGGCUCACCUAGUCUGGAAUCGACCGCGUUUCGGUGAACUCAAUGACAGACACCGUAAUGAGAGUUUCAUCAGAGCACUGCGCAGUGUUCUAAGAGAAGACAGUGUAUGUCUGAGCGUCAGUGAUGGAAGUCUGCUUCCUGUGUUUGCUCACAAGUUAGGAGCCAAGAAGGUCUUUAGUUUGGAAAAUUCAAGGUUGUCCAAGCAGGUUAUUCAGCAGGUGCUUGAAGCUAACAGGGCGGAUGGGGCUGUUGAACUGCUGGAGACGAGACCAGAACACCUGACUAGUAAUGAUGUUGGUGGAGAACAGAUCUCAGUCCUGAUUGGUGAACCGUAUUUCAGCACCAGUCUUCUGCCCUGGCACUCGCUCUACUUCUGGUACUGUCGAACAGCACUCGCAGGUCUACUGCAGCCGGACGCCACCAUCCUGCCCUGCUCUGCCACACUCCACAUGGCAGCUGUGGAGUUCCAGGAUCUGUGGAGGAUCAGAGCUCCAUGUGGAACAUGUGAGGGCUUUGAUGUGACGGCCAUGGAUCAAAUGGUCCAGGAAUCUCUGGAUUUCCGUGAGUCCCGGGAGGCGGAGCCUCAUCCUCUGUGGGAGUAUCCGUGUCGUGCUCUGACAGACGCCGCCGCGGUCAUGGCCUUUGACUUUAAACAGUGCCUCCCUCAGCAGCCAAUCAGCAGCCAGGGCACACUUCCUUUAAUCAGGGUGGGUCGUUGUCAUGGUGUUGUGUUGUGGAUGGAAUACAACCUGACCAGUGACAUCACUGUCAGCUCUGGUCUGAUUCGACCAAUCAGUGAGCAGGGUGACUGUGAGUGGGUGAGACACAGGAGGCAGGGAGUUUAUUUCUUCCGGUCGCCGUGGGAGAGCUCGGGUGAAGGAAGGGCUGAGGUUACGUACAGCUUCACGUUUGAACCCACUUCAGGAGACAUAAAGAUGGACUUCAGUGUCGCGUCUCUGUGACGGGAAAACAGUCUCUGACUGAAGAAGGAUUUUUUUUAUUUUUAUUUUUUUAAAAGCUGCACAUUUUACCUCCUCACAGACUUAACAUCAUUAAACCUUAUUACCAUUAUUUAAAAUUCAAUUUCUACAUAAUCCAAUGGCGUUUAACAUCUAAAUAUUUAACAGUGAACUUAACAGCCCGUACAGAAGAAACAGACGUGGGCCUUCUGCACACGGUUGCCUUUUUAUACAUUAUUAAGUUUGAAUUCUAUUGAUAUAUUUUCACCCACAUAUGCUGAAUGUGUACUGAGAAUUUAAACUAUUAAAUAAUAAAUUGUCCCUUUGUUUCACUGAUGUUUAGAUGAUGCAGAUCAACACACUCUACACAGAUCCAGUGUUUUUAUGCUUUAUUUGAAUUCAAGAUGAUUUGAGAUGUUCUGUGAUCAUUAUGAGCAGUUGUUAAUAAUAUUUGGUCCCAGCCGCAGAGCCAGUGACACACUGUGAUAUUGCUGAUUUAUAUGUCAGACUUUGAGAGAGAAGACAGGGGAAAAUGUAAAAAUCUCACUUCAAAGAACCUUUUGCAUCAGUCAGUGUAGCAGAGACAGGAGAAAAAGGGAAUGUCAUUUUUUUUGUUAAGUAUUAAA